UGACAAACCGUCAAUUUAAAUGCAAAAUUUGUAAUUGUACUUGUUUUUAUUCGGAGAUUUUAUAAUGUAUAAAUGCGCUCAUGAAAAGGGAUCACUUGGAUAAAUUUCCUAAAUAGUACACUAAGACAAUUUAAGUAUGUUUGAAACAUGGCUCGGUGGAUGUGUAGAUGUUUUUGGAUCGUUACAGUGGUGUGUCUUGUAGCCGUACAUUGCAGUUUAGCUGACGCGCAAAACGGUACAUAUAAUUCAUCAUGUACUGUGAAUAGCGACUGUCAGGUGGGGUCGGGGCUCGUUUGUCUGCAAGAGGAGUGUACCUGUGAUUAUUCUUAUUUCUAUGACAAAAAAGAAUUAAGAUGCAAGAAAGUGUGCAAAGGAACGCCAGAGGGUUUAGCUGAAAACAGAGGUUACGACUACCAUUAUGUCGUGUAUAAAGAGCUGUUCACAAAUUGUUCAUAUGUUAACGGAAACCUUAAGAUAACUGAUUUAGACGGCUCUUUUAACCUCGGAUUUCUAAAAGAUAUCGAAGAGAUUUACGGAUAUUUGUAUGUUUCAAAUGUGAACUCGAGCUACCUAAACCUUACCAAAAUGAGAAUCGUACGAGGAAAUGAAAUGUACGAAAUGAUGGGUACCCAUUUCAGUAUUCUAAUCUCUAGAAGUAAGUUGUUGGAACUUCAGUUUAAACGUUUGACGGAAAUUACCAAGGGCAACGUGUGGUUCUGGAGAAACGACUUGUUGUGUUUUGUUGACACCAUAAACUGGAAAGACACUGCUCCAAAUUCUUUUUUGGAUACCUGUCAGAACAACGUACUACAGUGUCCACCAUGCCAAGAAAACUGUUACAAAAAUGCAACACAAUCUGGUCAAUGUUGGGGGAGUUCACCAGAUAUGUGUCAGAAUUUGAACUAUAUUAAGGAAGUAUGUGUUGAAGAAUGUGGGGGACGUCGAUGUUUUGAAAGUGACAAGAACAUAUGUUGUCAUGCUGAAUGUGCGGCGGGUUGUACUGGUCCUUUGAACACAGACUGUCUGGCUUGCAGGAAUUUCUACAAUGACGACGGAACAUGCCGUGCAAGUUGUCCAGAUGGUAGAUAUACACUUGGCUCUCUGUGUGUUAAGGUUUGUCCAGAUUAUAUGGAAAAGAAAAAUGGUGCCUGUGUGAUCCAAUGUCCGGAGGGCAAAUACUUCAACACUACAACGAAUAUGUGUCGCAAAUGUAAUGGACCCUGUUUUAAAA